CAUCGGUGGCCGCAACAAGUGAAUGAUCGACGCGCAAGCGGAAGCAAAGUAGCGCGACGCGACAAAGUUCUUGCCUAUCGACUUGCACCGGAUCCCUAACCAUGGCUGCUCCGCCUCCUUUACCGAUGAACCUUAAUAUGGAAAUCCCUGGAGGGCCACCAAUGCCCAAUGUCUUGUAUCCUCAUCAUGUUGGCUUGACUAUUAUGAUUCUCGUGUACCAUCGCGGUGUGGAUUAUGGUGAGCCUGGUAUAGGUCCGACGACACUGCAUCCCAAAGUUAGGAUGAGAAUGCUACGAGUUCUGGCGCGAGAAAUAGGAGAGUUGAAACCCCCAACCCCAUAUCACCAAUUGGUGUCUAAACUAGUGAACGGAUUUGAUGACCCGUCACUCAACUCGGAGCUGGCUCUUCUUUCUCACACUCUGAAUCAGGCACCCAAGAUGAUUUCCACUCCGGAAGUGAUGGGUGACUUAUUUAGCGAUGUGCGAAGUCUCGUGCCUGGGGUCGAUGAACCAGAAGAAAACACCAGUUCCUGCGCUUUUGAACGACGAUCAUUCUUUGGGAUGUUUAUUCGAAGGAGUUUUUUGAGCUUUCGCAAGCUGUCCUUUGCUGGUCAAUUGCGCCUGUGUAAUGACUUUAUUGCGUGGUGUGACGGGGAUAAAGGGGCGGGAUACUAUAUCGGUUCAAAGGAGAGGCGAAGGGGCCUCCUCAUAUAUCCAGGCAUCCUGGAUCUUCCUGAAAAUGCAAAGCAGUCAUAUUACGAAAUAGCCGGGGAUUCAUUGAAGACUGGGGAUAGCAAAGCCGCAGUAGACAAUUUGAGGCGUUUCUUUGACCAACGAUUUGCUGCGACUGAUGACACGACUAUGUAUCAGCAUUCACUUCUAAGCAUGGCCACACUUCAUUAUACAAGGGGCGAACUUCUGGCUGCCCGUCAGUUUCUCGAUGAAGCGAUUAAGAUUUCAAAAGAGAAGAAUGAUCAUUUCACACUGGAUCGCUGUCAAAAUCUCAUGCAGCGCCUUGACCCAGACCCAGGCUCCGCAUUCCUCGCUCGAGAUCGUGCUAUUUCUGUCCAGGUCUGGGGAAACCCGCUGGAUAUUCUUUGGGAAAUCAAGAAGCUUCUAGAGCUUGGAGAAGGGCUGAAAAUCCUAUUCACCAAGGUAGCAGAGAGUAUCGGAGUGUGGGAUGCUAAAUCUGUCCUCAUUAAUGUUGGUGUGGAGAAAUGGCCUAGGCAUGCUGUCUGCGCCAUCCUUUGGCGUUUAGCAGGUGUGGAGACGCUCGCCAAGUGCCACGAGAACAUCAUCUUGGCCUUCACUCAGGUUGGCGAUGAUGAUUCUCGUAUGUCUGUGGUCUGUGCCAGAGCAUCACGGUACACGAGACAGGGUGCAACUGAUGAAGCACUUAAAUUAUUGCUGGACCCACAAACUUGGCGAGGGCUGACAUUCCAGCAAUAUCAAAUAUGGGCCUUGGAAGUGUGGAAUGUUUUCAACUUCACAGCGGAACGGAAAGGACAUGCGUCCUUUCAACGUGACUUUCUCAUGCCAAACCAACCGUCUCCAAGACCUGAAGUUCAGUCGGUCGGCGCGCCGUCUCCGUUCCAUCGUCGUACGGUGAUAACUGAGUCUCUACAGCUAGCUCUGCGAUACAAAGAAGCGAAUCAGCCCGUUCUAGCUGUUCAGCCGCUUAUGGAGGCCGUUUGGAGUUCAGAAUUUCGAGGGAUGUUUCAGUAUUACCGCAUCGCAGUAGUAUUACUUGCCGACAUCGCAAUUGACCUUGGUCUACCAAAAUCUGGCCAACACAUGAUUGAAGAAGUUCUACCACAGAUUCUCCUCGCGGACGAUCUUGAACUCCGCGCUUACGGAAGCUUGACAUACGCGCGAUUGAUGAUGGCUGGAGCUGGCGCAGAUAUCAAUGAGGAAAUAUUAAAAGAAGCACGGCCCCAUCUGAUUCGGGCCGUCAGAGACUAUCGGACUAUAUCGAAGUUCGAGAAAGCACUCGAAGCACUUUACAUUCUUUCGGCGGUGUGCCAUAACCUGCGUGCAGUGGAGGAGCGGGACGCUUGGGCCGCACAGUUUAAUGCCUUGGACGCAGAACGACGAACAACUCUAUCAGCUGGCGUUGAUGAAGAGACACUGCAGAUUUUCAGGAUCGUCACGGAGGUUGCCUAUGUCAUCGGUCAAACAGAAAAAUGAGUGGCUUCGAAUGCUCGUGUUUGAUAUCAUUAUUGCAAAUUUAAGUUAUCUUGGCUCCUGUCGAGGGCCUAGCAUUACCCUAAAGGUUGUUCAUAUUUGCUUCCCAAGGCGAGCAAGAUGGUAAUUUAUCGUUGGUUUGUGAGGUUUCACACGGCCCCCAGCCAUUCCUCCCAUGCACAAUCUUAGACUUUGAGCGGCGUCUGCACAUGGUCCGAUUGAUCGGAAAUCAUUUUUGCUCGCCCAGCAGUUCAACAUGGUGGCAAGCUGCAAGGCGCACGGA